CCAAAAGCAGUCGUUUCCCUCUCCAUUUACCAAUUCUCCCCGCAACCCAAUUUUUAGUUCAGAUUAAUUCCCUCUUUCAUUUUCUCUUCUCCUUUAUCUUUUCCAUUUCGGAAACCGUAAAUUAUUUUCUCAGACGAUAAGGUCGAAAACCCAAAAACAGAACCGGUUUUUCGUGAUUGUUAAGAAUCUCAAUUAUUGAGUUAAACUGUAGUUUCAUGGGGUUUUGUUAAAGAUUUAAGGAAAGGUUUCGGACAAUGACAGAGAUCGAAAACGCGGCCAGUUCCAGUACAACCAAUGAGUUGUCGGAGAUGACGCUGUUCGGAAAGUACGAGAUUGGGAAGUUGCUGGGAUGUGGGGCUUUUGCAAAAGUUUACCACGCACGCAACGUGAGGACAGGGCAGAGCGUGGCGAUCAAAGCAGUGAGCAAACAGAAGGUUUUCAAAGGAGGAUUCGUGGCGCAAGUUAAGAGGGAGAUCGAUAUCAUGCGCCGGUUGCGCCACCCUAACAUCGUCAAACUCAUCGAGGUGUUAGCUACCAAGACCAAGAUUUAUGUCGUAAUGGAAUACGCCAAAGGUGGGGAGUUGUUUACGCGAAUUUCAAGGGGACGUUUCAGCGAAGAUCUCAGCCGUAGGUAUUUCCAGCAGUUGAUUUCGGCCGUUGGAUUUUGUCACUCAAGAGGCGUGUUCCACCGUGAUUUGAAACCGGAAAAUCUCCUCUUAGACGAAAACUGGAAUUUAAAAAUAACGGAUUUCGGACUCAGUGCGGUAACGGAUCAGAUCCAACCCGAUGGCCUCCUCCAUACUUUGUGCGGAACCCCAGCUUACGUGGCACCUGAGAUUCUAGCGAAGAAAGGAUACGACGGCGCAAAAGUCGAUGUCUGGUCAUGUGGCAUUGUUCUGUAUGUUCUCCACGCCGGAUAUCUACCGUUCAACGAUCCCAACCUGAUGGUUAUGUACCGUAGGAUUUACAAAGGCGAAUUCCGGUUCCCGAAAUGGACGUCUCCUGAUCUCCGGCGAUUUAUAUCUCGGCUUCUCGAUACCAACCCUGAAACAAGGAUCACCGUCGAUGAAAUCAUCAACGAUCCUUGGUUCAAGAAAGAUUACAAAGAAAUCAAAUUCCACACCGAAGAUUUUGAGUUAAAGGAAGAAACCCAAAGCUCCAAAUGCUUAAACGCCUUCGACAUAAUCUCCUUUUCAUCCGGUUUCGACCUCUCCGGUUUGUUCAACGAGGGCGAGUUUUCGGUCCGGAGAGAGCGGUUCAUAUCGGGGGAGAAACCGGAGAGAAUAUUAGAGAGAAUCGAGGAAGAGGUCGGAAGAAUAGAGAACGUGAAGGCAAAAAAGAGAAAAGAGAGAGGGAUACAGUUAGAAGGACAGAAUAGUAAUUUUGUUCUCGCCGUAGAUAUUCAUCAGUUGACGGAAAAGCUGGUAGUGGUGCAGGUGGGACGACGGGAGAUUAACGCUGGGCCAGGUGGUGAAAUUUGGAAAGAUAAAUUAAAACCAAAGCUCUCCGAUUUGGUAUAUAGAGCUGAAGCAAGGCAGAUUUCUGGGUAAUUGAUAGAGAAUUUCAUUGGCAGAGCUGAGAACCGGUCGGAAAAAAUGGUCUCGGCCGCUGUAAUAUAUUUAUAUAUUCAACCCAAAAUAAAAGAACAAUUAAAAAAAAAAAUACAAACCGUCUAGCUUGUCCGACGAAUCGGAGCAAACCCAAAUUCAUUAACCGGGUUUUCUGCAUCUCGUUUUGCCCGGCUUUAACUUUCAAUCUCAAUUACGAUAAUUUUAAAUUAUAUAUAUAUAUAUAUAUUUUGUACUUAAUAUUUUGCCUUUACAUUUACUUCACUUUAUUGUGAUUUA